AUGAAGUACUCGAGAGUGCAGACGAGGAAGAAGUGGGACGCCACUUCGCUCGACGACGAAUCGUGCUCCAGGUGCGGCAAGUGUCUGACUAAAAUGCAGCUCGUACUACUGUCCGCACUAUUCUGCUCUUCUCUGACGACAGGUGCCGGGCUAGAGAUACGAAAGCUGGACGUACCCAGUAUCGCCGAUCCAAGGUGGGAGACGGUAUUACUCAAAUGUGAGUAUGAUCUCGGUGGCAAAGAGCUGUAUUCGGUAACGUGGAACAAAGACGGCCAAGAGAUCUUCAGAUUCAUGCCGGGAUCAGCAACGCCUAAGCGACCUCAAAAUAUCAGCGGAUUAUAUAUUGACCUCAAUCGAAGUGACCACAAACAAGUGACACUUUUGGGCCCAUCCAUUGGUAAAGGUAAAGUCGACUUGGCGGGGUCUUAUGGCUGCGAGGUGUCAUCCGAAGCGCCGAGUUUUGAGACAGAUUACAGAGAGGCAAACAUGAGCGUGGCCGUACCUCCUCAAAGUUCUCCGAUACUCGAGGGAAUGCGACCUUCUUAUGAAAUCGGCGAGAUCCUCCAAGCGGAGUGCACGUCAGGGUUAAGUUACCCCCCGGCAAUUUUAACGUUCAUCUUGAACGGUAAAGAGGUAAACAGAGCCUUAACUAAAGACUUGCGAGGAAUUGGCAACAUAGACGGAAAGCUGGUCUCUACGACGCGGUUGGGUCUAACAAUGCGCUUGGAACGGCAUCAUUUUUCUGGUGGCAGUUUGAUUCUGAUUUGCCAAUCGACACUACCAGGAAUCGCUAAUGACCAGCCUCUCAAAACCAUCGAUAUUGCCACUCUCGCCGCCAGCAACCAACGUCUUGCCCAAGAACCCCCUAAAUCAGGCUCAAGGUCGAACAUCGAGCUCUACCCGAUUCUGAUUUGCUGGACAAUUACCGUGAUUCACGUGAUUCGUUACAGUCUCAGAUUUCUGCGCGGUUAAUGUCGGCCUGAUAUUUCAAUCCAUGGCAUCGCGCGAUAUCGUUUCAAGUGCUAAUUAUUAGUGCUAAUUAGUGUAUACAUCUCUACGCAUUCUUGCGAUCAGGAAAAACGUCGCGCAUCGUCAUCGGCUUCUCUCUACAUCUACAUGUCAAUCGAGAGCGAUGCAUACUUUAAUGCGUCCCGAAUUUUUGUGCAAUCCAUACACGUUUGCUCGCAUGUGUACACAAUGUUUAGAGCACCCCGUAUAUCAUAUAUAAGUCGGAGAUAGCAAUACAACUUUGCGUAAAAUAGGUCGCAGCAGUGGGCGCAUAAUGAUUGUACAUAGUGUAUACAUUGUGAAUUAGCAUUACAAUAAAUUGUCGUGUAUAAUUAAUCGGACGGAAGGACUCUGCGGGGAUGAUGAAGGGAACACGAUGAAAGUAACAUGGAAAUAUAUUGGAAGUCACGGAGACGCGCGCGACCU